AUGCAUGUAGCUAUGGCUUAUUUAAAUGGACAGUAUUUGGAAACAUUGAUUGAACAAUUGGAACAAGUGUGCACAAGUGCCAAGUGGCAUGCACGUCAAGCAGCCAUCGAAUCUGUUCAAAGCAUGAUCUUUUGCAAUCUUUUUAAUGCUCGUCCUUAUACUAAACGAUUACAUGAACUUGUGCUCAAAUGUAUCUUGGGCCUCUGUGCGAUUGUCCUUUCGAGCCCAUACGAUAUUCCAACUUAUUUACCAGACGCAUUGAUGAUUCUCUGCGAACACUCUUAUGAUCCUGAUCCAAUACAAAAAUCGAUUAAACAAUGUUUGUCCGAGUUUCGUCGUACUCACUACGACUCAUGGCAUGAACAUCAGGAAAAAUUCACCGAACGUCAACUUCUGCUUUUGGCCGAUGCAUUCAUUUCUCGUAGUUAUUAUGCCUGA